AUGAAUUUUGAAGAGGCUACAAUGGAUGGCGUUGAUGAACCCGGCAAGAAGAGACACCAACGCACACAGUCGCUCGAGGCCUUGGCCAACGCUCCUGAUGCGAAACAUCGAGCUCGAUACCUUACCAUGGCCGAGAUGUCUGCGACUGCUGAUACCAGUCACUCUGUUGAGACUGCCUACGUCGUGGAUUCAGUGGGAGAUUUACCAAGGACAUUCAAGUCAGCAAUGGAAUCCAGCGACGCAGUCAAGUGGAAAGAGGCUUGUGACUCCGAAAUAAAUUCCCUUCGUCAAAAAUGA